CAAAUGUAUAAAAAAGAAGAAACGAAAUUUGACAUACUCUCUUUAAAUGAGAGGUUAUAGAUUGUUUUAAGCAUUAUUUUUAAUCCUAAUUUAAAAAAAAAUGGAAAUUACAUUAGAAUUUAGUGGAGGUGCCGAACUACUAUUCGGUAAUAAAAAAACUCAUAACGUUACAUUACCACAAAAAGAAAAUGACUGGUCGUUAGGAGAUUUAUUGAUUUGGAUAACAGAUAAUCUGUUAGUGGAAAAACCUGAAAUGUUUUUGCAAGAAAAAUCAGUGCGUCCGGGGAUUUUAGUUUUAAUUAACGAUAUAGAUUGGGAACUAAUGAAUACAGUAAACUACAAAAUUCAGGCGAAGGAUAAGAUACUAUUUAUAUCCACUUUACAUGGGGGAUGAAAUUCUAUUAUUUUCUUAUAAAAAAAUUAUUCUACAUUAAAUAAAUUUUUUUAUUUUGUCAAAUUGUUUUUUCAACAAAAACUAUACAAUUCUU